AUGGCGGAAGCAACCUCUAGCCCGGGGCUAUUGUUCGUGAGGAUGAACCCUCAUGACGAUCUGUCACCUGAAGAAUUUCAUGACUGGUAUAACAAUGAGCACGGUCCCAUACGCCUCCGGCUGGACUGCAUUCAAAAUGGAUAUAGAUUCCGUGCAUUGGAUGUUGCUGAAACCAAAUUCUCGAAAUAUGAAACGAGUGACGCCGAAUCUACUCAGAGGAAGCUCUCUGACUCCACUUUCCCAUUUCCCAGCAAGAAGAAGGCUGAAUGGCUUGCGGUAUAUGACAUCGAUGAUAUGGCCAACCUCGAGAAGGAUUCUUAUCUCCGGUUGCGGUCUCCUCCCUGGAAAUCCCAACGUGAAAUCUCAGUGAUGUCGCGAAUUGAUGUCGACCGACGAUUGUAUGACCAAGUCUACUCGUCAGCCAUUCCUGGUUAUCGGCCACUGGAUUCCAUGCCAGAGAUCAAGGAACAUUCGAACAUUCUGAUAGUUACUUCACACUCGGUAGCAGCCAGCGAGACUCCAAAACUGGUUCAAUGGUAUGACGAGCAGCGCGUUCCUCUACUGCAGAAGGAACAAAGUUGGAAGCGGACGCGCAUAUUCCGUACCCAUGAUGAGUCGGGUCCCACAGAAACAACGGAAGUCGUUGUAAUGCAUGAGUUUUCUGCCAGGCAGAGCCAAAAUGAUCUUGAACUUGCGGCGAAGGCGUCCACGUCAGGUGAUCGAGAUUGGCAUCAGGAUCACGCACAGAGUUCCGAGCUGAGGACAUACGAACUCUACUAUGUCUUUGGUCCUGCCCCGAGGCAUUUGAGCGCGAGCGCACCUCGGUACGAGCAUGGAUUGGAGGCUACAAGAACAAACGCGGCCAAUGCUGACGAAGGUCGAGCAACAAUACAUUCUUAUGUAACAACCGAGGAUGGAGUUGCCCUCCCUUACCUGCUAGAGGGAGCACUCCAGCCUGAGGCGCCUCUGAUCGUUCUUUCAAACUCUGUUCUGGUUGAUUGGCAUAUCUGGGAUGAUUUUGUCGAUGAUUUUCUCUCACAAGAGGCUAAUCAACAGUUUCGUAUCCUGCGGUAUGAGACUCGUGGGCGGAAUCGUGACUGCGGUACCCAAACCAUCACCGUGGACUCACUGGCUAAGGACAUUCUGACCUUGCUCGACCACCUCAGGGUGGAAAAGGCAGCUGCAGUGAUUGGUGUUAGUCUAGGAGGAGCAACCGUUCUCAACUUUGCUCUCAAGUACCCUUCAAGACUAGAUUCGGUCGUUUCUUGCGACACGAACUCAAGCAGUCCUCCUGGGAACGACAAACUGUGGCUUGAGAGAAUUUCAGUGUCUGAAAAAGAGAAUGCGACCAGGACUGAUGCAGACAAGCUUAAAGAGAAUAUCAUUGGAGAACAGCUAGCAGAGUUGACUGUGCGGAGAUGGGCCGUUGCCGAAAGUUAUGAUGGUGGUCAAUUGGAAAGCAGACUUCAGAAGGUAAAGGAAUCAGUCAAUCAGAACAGCUUACAAGGAUUCAAGAAUGUUGUGAAGGCUCUUUGGGAUUAUGAUCUGAGACCGCUGAUGGAGAAGGCCACUGUGCGCGCGAUUUUUGUCGUCGGUAGCGGAGAUGGAAAGCUUCCGAUUUCGAUGGCAGAUAUGGCCAAAGGCUACGGCACAGGAGCAAAGUUGCACCAAGUCAACGGUGCAGGCCAUUUGCCAAUGGUUGAGAAGCCAAAGGAGUUUUCUGCAAUUGUAACCGACUUCCUAGCUUCAUUGUAA